GUCGCGUCUGGUCCCACUAAAUCGUAGUUUGUGCAAAAACAGUGAAAAUAAACUUUUUCGUGCAUUUCGUUCGCGCUAAAGUCCAAAAUAACCCGCAAACUUUAACGCGUCAAUGUGCCCCAGCCUCGUCGCGUGUGUUUGCCGCGUAAAUGAAACGAAAUUGAGUUGGAAACCAAAGCAAAAUCAAAGUCUUGCUGCAGCACCACCAAGAAGAAGAGCCCAGCAGCAGAAGAAGAAGAGCAACAAACGAGAACGAAAAUAAGAAUUAGGAUGCUAUCUGCAAAGGGCUGACGGCGAUUUAAUUGCGAAAAUAUCGAACAGUUUGUGCGUGCCACAAAAUUGCGCCAAUAAGCCAACGGAAAAGGAAAAGUGGAAAAAGCAAAAAGCAAACGCAAACAUCGUUUGUUUGAUUGCAUUCCUUGCACCUAUACAUAUGCAACAGAGAUUUCGACCACUCGCACACACACACCCAUGCAUCCACGCAGCAGUAAUAGCAGCAAGAAACAAAAACAAAUCGCCGCUUCAAAUGUUAUUCUCGAGUGAGCUGGUUGCCCAGGACUAGAGCUACAGCCAAGGAGUUCAGAUAAAGGACCAGGACCGGAACGCCAAGAUGUCGCGCUGGGGCAAGAACAUCGUGGUGCCGCUGGACUCGCUCUGCAAGGAGAAGGAGAACACCAACCGGCCGACCGUCGCCCGCUCCGUCGGCACCGUGGGCAAAUGGGGCAAGAUGGGCUUCACUUCCACGCGCACCUACACGCUGUCCGCCCUGCAUCCGAUGGCAGCGGCAGCUGCUGCGGCGGCGGCGGCCGCCAGUCCCGCCCAGAGUCCCGCCUCCACGCACGAACACGACCCCAAGGAUCUGUCCGUUUCGGUGCCGGAGCCACCGAAGCCCAAGAAGUUCUUCAAGUCGCGCAACGCCGCCCCGCCCGAGGUGAUUGCCCAGAUCAUCCAACAGCUGCCGCACUGCGUGGCCGGCACGUCGCCCAUGCGGGACCAGUCGAGUAUGUCUAUCGGUGGGGGAGGCGCCACGCCUACCUCCGGAUCGCAGGACGGAGGCGGCGGACUGAAGCUAAAGCUGGGGAAGGGCGGCAGCUCCGCAGAGCGGAAGCGCAAGUCUCCCAAGAAGAAGCCCUCGACGCCCGGAGCGUUGGCGACGGAUCGGGAGGCGUCCGAAGAGGAGUCCUCGGAGCAGCAGCAUCAUCAGCCCUUCGGCAAGGAGCUGGACGAGUCGGAUGCGCGAACCGCCUCCGCCAAGAAGUCGAAGAAGCCCAAGGAGGAGAAGAAACUCAAGCCGGAGGCGCCGCCGUCGCGCAUCCUGGGACGUGCACGCAAGGCGGUCAACUACCGCGAGGUGGACGAGGACGAGCGCUAUCCCACGCCCGUCAAGGAUCUGAUCAUUCCCAGGGGAAGGGGCGCGGCGGAAGCCACGGGAUCCUCCGCGGCAACAGCCGCCUCCGCGGAAGCGUUCAUCAGCUCGACGGCGGGCAGCCCGGGUGCCGAGCCGGCGUUACCACCGCCCACGUCGGCGCCCAGUGCAGCGUCUGCGACGGUGCCGCUUCUGCCCUCCGCAUCUGCGUCGAAUCCGUCGAGUGCUUCCCGGACGCCAGAGCAUCCGCCCAUAGUGUUGCGCAUCUCCAAGGGCACAUCGCGACUGGUGAGCACGGACAGCGAAGAGCCACCGAGCAGCUCGCCCGCGGAUCACCAGCACUACCAUCCCAACCCGCUCCAGAGCCACCCGGGCCAGGACGACGACGACCUCCCAGAGCGGACCGGAAGCGGAAGCGGCAACGGAGACGGAGACACAGUUCCUGCAAGUACGCCAAAAAUAAUAGUGAAGCCACUGCGACCGCCGGAGGCAACGGGAUCGGACGGAAAGUCGCCCAGCGCGGCAGCGGCAGGCGGAGCAGCAGCAUCCGCUGGUGAGUCUACGAGCCUCCAGGAGGCAGAGGACGAGGACGAAGAAGAAGAGGAGGAAGACGAGGAGGAGGAGCCGCCAGAGAUUAACUACUGCACGGUGAAGAUAUCGCCGGACAAGCCGCCGAAGGAGCGCCUCAAGCUGAUCAUCAAGACGGACGUGAUUCGCAACGCCAUCGCCAAGGCGGAGUCCCGCAGCGAGAAGAAGUCCAAGAGCAAGAAGCACAAGCACAAGCAGCUGCUGCAGGCCGCAGGAGCAGCGGCGGGAGCAGCAGGAGCCACAGCACCGGCAGCAGAGUCCUCCGAGUUCAAGACGCCUUCACCUCACCUGGCACUGAGCGAUCCCAACCAGCUGCACAGCCAGGCCACCCAACUGCAUCAUCUCCAUCCGCAGCGGGGAUCGGCGGUUAUAUCGCCCACGACGCGCUCCGACCACGACUUUGACUCGCAGUCCUCGGUGCUGGGCAGCAUCUCCUCGAAGGGCAACAGCACGCCGCAGCUGCUGGCGCAGGCCGUGCAGGAGGACUCGUGCGUGAUACGCAGCCGCGGAUCCAGCGUGAUUACCAGCGACCUGGAGACUAGUCAGCACUCCUCGCUAGUGGCACCUCCCUCCGACAUCGAGUCCCGCUUGGAGUCCAUGAUGAUGACCAUCGACGGCGGCGGAACGGGCGCAGCCACUGCGCUGCCGGAGACGCCGUUGCAGGAGGACAUACUGGCCGUUCUGCGAGGCGAAGUGCCACGACUGAACGGAACAGCGGAUCGGGCGGCAGACGCGGAGCAGGAGCAGCCGCAGCAGCCAGCCAAGAGGGCCACGCGGGGAAGGGGCCGGAAGGCCAACAACACCGCUACAGAAGCAGCUCCCGCAGCCGCCACGGAACCGGUUGUAAGCACGCCCACAAGGACCCGCGGCCGGCCUCCGAAAGCCGCACAGGAAGCCCCUUCCCCGCCCAAGCGGAGCACGCGGGGCACCCGGGGGUCCAAGAAGGCCGAGGCUGAGGCGGCGGACGUGGAGAUGGAGGAGCCGGCGAUUGAGGAGCCAGUGCCGGAGCAGGCGCCGCCACCUCGGAGAGGACGGGCGGCAGCAGCUGCCCGGGCGAACAACAACAACUCCGCCAGCAUCAACAACAACAUCAACAAGAUCGCCGCCAGCCUGUCGGCCAAGGCGGAGGCCAGCCGCCUGGAGGACGGCAGCGGGGCGGCCGGCACAGCCCCGAGGAGUUAUGGGCGGAAACGGAAGAACCAGCAGGUGACCCAGGUGCUGCAGCAGGAGCAGGACGCCGCCGAGGAGGAGGACGAGUCCGAGGAGCAUCCCACGCCCGCCAAAGUCCUGCACACGGAUCCGAGGGCGGACUCGCCGGACCACGACCCGGAUCCCGAUCCCGACCUGGAGGCGGACGAGCUAUCCAACAACUCCUCCUUGCAGCACGACGGUUCCUCAUCCUCGCCCCCGCCGCGUGACUUCAAGUUCAAGGACAAGUUCAAGCGAACGCUCACCCUGGACUCCCAGGUGGCCGCCAAUGCGGGCGGAGCGGGCGCUGCCGCUGCUGCAGAGGCUGGGGCGGCGGCUGCCGGAAACGGAGGCGACGGAGCAGCAGAAACGGAGCAACGAGGCGCCGUCAAGCUGGUCAUCUCGAAGAAGAAGGGCAGCAUCUUCAAGAGCCGCGCCCUGGUGCCGUCGGACCAGGCGGAGCAGGCGACGGUGGCCAAGAGGGCGUUGUACAAGCACAGCUGGGACGCGGCCCUGGAGGCGAACGGUGGGGGAACGGGCAGCGACGCCAGCAACGCCUCCGCAUCGGGCACCUCGGGUGCCACGGGAGGCGGUGCCAAGGACCACCUGCAUCACUUGGCCGUGGGCAAGUCGGACGUCGAUUUCGGCGACAGCCCGUCCUCCAACAACAAUGGUUCCUCGUGCAGCGGCGGCAGCAGUGCGUCCACCUUGCGUGGCGACAGCCCCGCGCUCGGCAAGAUCUCCCGCGUCCUGGCGGGAAAGCAGGGCGGUGUUCCCAGCAGCAGUUCCGCCGUCGUCGACGCCUUUGACCUGGACCUGGAGCCAGGCGCAGACGACCUGGCCACCGGAGGUCUCCCGGGAGUGGGAGGCUCGGCAGCCGGAUCGGGAGGCACCGGAACAGCCGGCGGAACGUCGGGCGGAGGCCUGAACCGCGUGGAUCGCAAGACAAAAGACUACUACACGGUGGUGCGGAACGUGAAGACGGCGCACCAGAUCCAGGAGAUCGGCGAGUACCAGGAGAUGGACGACGACGUCGAAUACAUCCUGGACGCACUGCAGCCACACAACCCGCCGGCGACGCGCUGCCUGUCGGCGCUCCAGCUGGCCGCCAAGUGCAUGAUGCCCGCCUUCCGGAUGCACGUUCGUGCCCACGGCGUCGUCACCAAGUUCUUCAAGGCCUUGUCGGACGCCAACAAAGACCUCAGCCUGGGCCUGUGCACCUCGGCCAUCAUGUACAUCCUCUCGCAGGAGGGCCUCAACAUGGACCUCGAUCGCGACUCCCUGGAGCUGAUGAUCAACCUGCUGGAGGCGGAUAACGCGGAGAGCUCCGGCCAUCCGGACCGCGCCGGCUUCGAGAGGAACAAGCUGAAGGUGCGCGAGCUGUGUGAGGAGAUCAAGGCGCAGGGCAAGGGCACCCACCUCAACGUCGACUCGCUCACAGUGGGCACCCUGGCCAUGGAGACGCUGCUCUCGCUCACCUCCAAGCGGGCCGGCGAGUGGUUCAAGGAGGACCUGCGCAAGCUGGGCGGUCUGGAGCACAUCAUCAAGACGAUAUCGGACUUCUGCCGGCCAGUCAUCGCCAACGACACAUCCGCGGAGAUUGUCUGGCAGCCCUCGCUGCUGGACAACAUGCAGACAGUGGCGCGGUGCCUGCGAGUCCUCGAGAACGUGACGCAGCACAACGAGGCGAACCAGCGCUACAUGCUCACCUUUGGCCAGGGCCGGGCCGUGGAGACCCUCUGCCAGCUGUACCGGCUGUGUAGUCGGCAGCUGAUGCUACAUCCAUCGGUGGACGUGGUGGCCAGCAACAAGGAGCACCCCGGUGUGGCCAUGCGCGAGCUGCUCGUGCCCGUUCUGAAGGUCCUCAUCAACCUGACGCACACCUUCAACGAGGCGCAGCCUUCUCUGGGGGCGGAGCUGCUCGGCCAGCGCGGCGAUGUGGUGGAGACGAGCUUCCGGCUGCUGCUUCUGUCGGCCAACUACAUUCCCGACCACUGCGUCUUCGAGCUGAGCAUAUUGGUGCUGACGCUGCUGAUAAACCUGUGCAUGCACACCGUUCCCAAUCGCGCCGCUCUGAUGCAGGCAGCCGCUCCGGCGGAGUACGUGGCCGACAACCCGCCAGCCCAGGGCGUUGUAAGCGCGCUCCAAGCCCUGCUCGAGUACUUCUACAAGUGUGAAGAGCUGGCCAGGUUGGUGGAGAAGAACACGGACGCGUUCCUGGAGAGCAACGACAAGGGCAAGAAGAAGCAGGAGGAAGUGGAGGAGACAGUCAACAACCUUGUGCAGCGAGCUGGACACCACAUGGAGCACACCCUCAAGGGCAGCUACGCGGCCAUCCUGGUGGGCAACCUGAUAGCGGACAACGAGCAGUUCGAGGCGGUGGUGCGGCGACAGCUGAGGGGAAACAGCUUCAAGGAGAUCGUCGGCGUGCUGGAGAAGUACCACACCUUCAUGAACCUGACCUCCAGCCUGGAGGCCAACUUUGUGGCGCACAUGAAGUCGACGAAGCGCAUCAUCGACAACUUCAAGAAGCGCGACUACAUCUACGAGCACUCGGACGAGAACGACCAUGUCCUGCCCCUGAAUCUGGAGACGACGGUGCAGGACUUGGGCGCUGGCGGAGCAUCCUGUUCGUCCGCCUCGCCCAGUGCCACGGCGACGAGAGCGCCGCGGGUCUACAAGACGUACAGCAGUCACAGAUAAUCGGGAAAGGAUGCAGUCAAGGAAAAGGAAACGGUAGAGUAUGGAAAGCGGAGGAGAGUUGCUGCUAAAGCGGGAUCUCAAGCGGAAGCGGGCAGACUUUCUCGCCACCGUUAGCCUGCGCCACCCAAAUACCAUUCUGUCGUUUGUGAUUAUGUAAUUGUUUAUGUGUUGAUAUAGCAACCACUAUAUGUAUAGCCGUAAUGCACCUAGUUUCGAUCAGCAGUCCCAACCACAUUGUGGAAAGGGGGGUAUCGGAGUAUGUAUGUAGAUCGGAGAUAUAUGGCAGAGGACUGUUUAAACCAAAAGUGAUAGCGAAUUCUGGAGCAUGGUCAGCGAUUUACUAAAGCACACAAAAGAGAGAACCACGGAGACAAGACAGAGUUUAAUCCAAGAACUAGUAGCGAACCCCGAAACCCCAAGCCAGAACAACACAAAGAUCCAAAUCCACUACUGAUAUGUGUACGUUAUAUAGUCAUAAGCAAUAUUAGCAGCUAAAUGUCGGCUUACCACCACACGGAACACCCAUGUAAAUAAUGUUUGAUCAGCGAUUUUAUUGGACACGUCUUAGGCUUACGUUUAAAUGUUUAUUACUCUUUUUUUUUUUUUUAUUUACCUAUUUUUACCUACUAUUAACAAUUUUUUUUGGUAAAAAAAAUCACUUUGGUAACUAGAGAACUGUAAAGGAGAUAUUGUAGGAUCGCUGGGAAGAAUGAAGUUAUUUUAUUGCCUAAACUAAGUUAAUGAACUCUAACUGUAAAACUAAACUGAUCAAUAAAUAUAUGUAUGGAUAUGUGUACGUUUAAAGUUUAAAGUUUAAA